UGACCUCUACUUCCUGCUUCUGCUCCGACUGGAGGAUCGAUUAAUUUCUAUUCCUUUUCUCUUUUUCGCCCAGCAGGUUGGGGUAUUGGCAAAUCCCUCACGGCAUCAUGGCAAAGCAACCGCGCAUCCCCCCAUUGAUUGGAUGGCUAUAUGAUCUAGUCCUAUGGCUGUUCUCCGUUCUAGUGGAUUUCUUCUUUCGGGAGGUGCAUCCGCGUGGCUCCUGGAAGAUUCCGAGGAAGGGCCCAUUGAUCAUAGUUGCGGCCCCUCAUGCUAACCAAUUUGUCGAUUCGUUGAUCCUUAUGCGUGUAAUACGCAGCGAAGCUCGUCGUCGCAUCUCAUGGCUUAUUGCAGAAAAAUCAUUCCGGCGCAAGUUUAUCGGUUUGUUGGCUAGGUCUAUAGGCUCCGUACCUGUGGCCAGAGCAAUGGAUAAUAUGAAGCCGGGCCAAGGCAUAAUUUAUAUGCCCGACCCGAUCGACCAACCCACAUUGAUCCGUGGAAUAGACACCAACUUUGAAGGACCUGGUUACGAAAAGGAUGGAACUAUCGCUCUCCCCACUAUCAAUGGCACUUCGCAUAAUGCCACUAUUGCUGAAAUCCGCAGCCCGGAGGAGUUAAUCAUAAAAAAGCCAUUCAAGGCCAGAGACCCGCUCUACCAGCUCACUGGAAGGAAAAAUAUCACGGAUGAUGGAAAAUUCACCGGAGAUGCGUCGGAUAAAGAUCCUGAAUUCAAGGGCUCAAAGUUCAAAGUUUCCCCCCAUGUGGACCAAACAGCAGUUUACGAAGCGGUAUUUGCUAGACUAAAUGCUGGUGGAUGUGUUGGUAUUUUCCCAGAAGGCGGUAGUCAUGACCGUACAAACUUACUUCCUUUGAAAGCUGGUGUUGCUCUGAUGGCCCUGGGUACGCUGGCAGAAAACCCAGACUGUGGCUUGAAGAUUGUGCCUUGUGGAAUGAAUUACUUCCACGCCCACAAGUUCCGCUCACGCGCAGUCAUUGAGUUCGGAACCCCCAUAGAAAUACCGAGGGAGUUGGUAGAGCAAUUCAAAAGAGGAGAGAGGAGAGAAUCUGUUGGUGCUCUCUUGGACACCAUAUACCAAGGUCUUGUUGCGGUCACUGUGACGAGCCCGGACUACGAGACGUUAAUGGUUAUCCAAGCUGCCCGUCGCCUGUAUAAUACUAAGGGAAAGAAGCUUCCGCUCCCGAUGGUUGUUGAACUCAAUCGACGUCUUGUGAAAGGUUAUACACACUUUAAAGACGACCCACGAAUUGUGCAUCUACGAAAGUCAAUUGCAGAGUAUAACCGUGAGCUACGCCUUCUGGGAAUCCGCGAUCACCAGGUUGAUUAUGCCAAAUUUUCUUUCAUCAAAGUUAUCUUUACUUUGAUCUCUCGUCUCAUCAAGUUAUCUCUCCUUACGAUCGGGACAUUGCCAGGCUUUCUUCUCUUCACCCCUGUCUUUAUCACCACGAAGGUCAUCUCGAAAAAGAAGUCGCGGGAGGCAUUGGCUGCCUCUACAGUCAAGCUACAGGGGCGAGAUGUCAUGGCAACGUGGAAGCUCCUCGUUGCUCUUGCGUUUGCCCCAGCUCUCUACGCGUUCUAUACGGCGGCUUUCACAAUGUGGGCCUACCAUAACCGGAUUCAAGGAAUUCUUCCGGGAUGGAUGCCGUUGUGGCUUAUUGUGCCCAUAGGCAUAGUUUUGUUCCCCACUAUCACCUUUGCGGCCCUUCGCAUUGGAGAGGUUGGCAUGGAUAUUCUGAAGUCUUUGAGGCCACUCGUGUUAUCCUUGAACCCGUCUUCUGCCAACUCUCUGGUGAAACUUCGCCAGAAGCGCGCAUCACUUGCCCAACAAGUUACAGAUGCCAUCAACACAUUGGGUCCGGAACUGUUCCCCGACUUUGAUGCUGCGAGGAUUGUCACCGAUCCUUUCUGUGAGAUCUACAAGCCGGCUGAAAAGGCCGCCGGCGAACCGACUCCUAUCCCAGUGAUCAGAACUACCACUACGGACUUCGAACGAGGCUCUAUUUCACAAGAGCCUCUUCCGCGGAACGAGUCGUUCCAGAAUCUUGCAAAUAUCGGCUUCUUUUCUACCCGGCCUUCGAGCCGUAGCCGAAGUCGCAGUAGCUCAUUUGGAGGCCGCCCUGGAUCAUCAGGGCAGCAAUUAAAGCCGCUUAGCCAGAUUACUUCAAGCGAUGGCCUUGAUCACGUUAGUUCCAAGAUUCGUGACUCCAUGCGGCAACGCGGUGAACAGCGCCGACGCCGGCACAGUGAAGACAGCAGUAGCUGGGACAUGGCUAGCUCUGGUACCGGGACCCCUCCAAAUGAGGAGAACCGGAAGGACAUCUAAAGUUGCAGACAUGUCUAAUCUAUCAAGUUUACCGUACAGUAGUU